AUGAGAAAUGUAAGAUUUGAAAAUGCUCCUUAUCCUGUGGUUUUCUGUUUAUUUUUUGAUAUAGAAACGCUUAUAAUAUAUGAUAAUUACAUUAACAAAAAGAAGUUCAUAAAAGAAUUUUUCGUUGGGUCAGAUGAUGGUACUGUACCAAUAAUAGUUAUGGUCAUUGUUGAAGUAUCGUUUGGAAGCGUGGAUAUAACAAUAAUUUCACUACCAAAUCUAAAUUGUCAUG